UCCAGCUGACUCUUGCGGUGCUCGGUUGCUUCCUUGCUCGUAGCCUACGGAAAGGCAGGGAAAGAAGGUAAACGACAAAAAUAACAAGAGAGAAAGACCGAGGGAGCGAGAACGACUAAGUAGGGAGAGGAAAAACGAGACCUCAACACCUAUCCUACUCAUGUUGGAUAUUAUUUGACGACGACUUUUUUUUCCUCCUAUCACCCCCCGCCCACACUUAUUUUCUCUAUUAUUGGAUUUCUAGGUACCGCUCCAUAAUCCAUUUUACUUCAUGGACAACCCUCAGGUUUGUUUGUUUUAUUUUUGUCCAGGUCAAGAAGAAAAUCAACUCGGUUUGAUGCCUAUUCUCAAUUAAACGGACAUCAUCAAGCAAGGCAUUUUGGCGAAAUCUGAGCGCUGACGUGCAACUUUGUUUAUCUCAUAGAUAGAGGCUGGGAUAAGUGAUUAACUCUUAAAGGGCACAUUGCAUUUGUUAAGGUUAUUGAAUAAAACACAUUUUUACCAUGAACAUAUUUUUGAGGACAUCAUUUUCACUUUUGAUUUUCUCAUGGAAAGUUGGAAGAGCAAUAGCAAUAGUUUAUUGUUGAUAUAAAAUUAUAUUUGUCAUGUCGAAUUGUACUAUUCUCUAGCACUUUCUUAAUGCAUAUUUAGAUAGGCUAACAUUCGGUUUUCGAAUGAGGUAAAUAACAGUCGGUCUAGCAGUGUGUAUUCAGCUGUCCACAUUUUUAAUCGUCACGUCACUGUUGUGAACCCGCUGACAGCCAGUCAAUCGUUUUGUGGAUUAAUCGGAUAAAUUCAGCGCUCAUUCCACGGUGGGAAUCAACGACCAAUUCAAUCAUGUCUAGGCCGCUCACACAGCUCCUACCGCCUGACCUCCCGGCUGGAGCGAGCCCACAGUUCGGCACUGGUAACCUUGCGGGCAGUGUCCCGACCGGCGGACACUUGAACUCCAUGGCCAGCCUCAAGACUCUCCUACAGCUGCCUAUCAAGGUUGACCAGCGAGCGAAAGACUGCUGUGUAAUGAAAGAUAAAGACAAACCCCAGGACUCAGACGAGGAAUCCAUGAGUGGAGGUCCAGGUGGCCGGCCUUCUCAGUCGGCCUUCCUGGGGCCCCAUCUGUGGGAGCGCACGCUGCCCUGCAGCGACGGGGGCCUCUUCCAGCUUCAGUACAUGGACCUGGAGGAGUUCCUGACUGAGAACGGCAUGGCCAUGCACAACAAAGGUGGCAACGGCUCCAGCGCCAGCGCCCAGGUGCCCUCGCAGAGUUCCCUGCAGUCGGCCGUGCCCAACCAGAGCUCCCAGUGCCCGCCGUCAUCCCCUCCGCCGUGUUCUUCUUCAUCGUCCUCCAUGUCCUCCUCAUCUUCCUCCUCCUCGCUGCUGGGCCUGGACAAUGUGCCGCUGCCACCAAACGGACUGCCAGGCAUGAUGGGAGGGCCCGAGUGCCUACAUGGUGGCCAAGUCGGGCCUCCUGACCUCUCGCCCUCCUCCACCACCACCUCUCCCUGUCCCCCCGGGCCGCCAGGGCGCCCGCCGGUCACCAGUGGCACUGCUGACGUCAUGGUGAACUUUGACCCGGACCCGGCGGACGUGGCGCUGUCCAGCGUGCCGGGCCAGGAAGCCUUCGACCCCCGAAGGCACCGCUUCUCGGACGAGGAGCUCAAGCCACAGCCCAUGAUCAAGAAGGCCCGCAAGAUGCUGGUGCCAGACGAGCAGAAGGACGACAAGUACUGGAGCCGGCGCUACAAGAACAACGAGGCGGCCAAGCGCUCACGUGACGCCCGGCGCCUCAAGGAGAACCAGAUCACGGUGCGCGCCGCCUUCCUGGAGCGAGAGAACGCUGCUCUCAGACAGGAAGUGGCCGACAUGCGCAAGGAGCUGGGCCGCUGCCGCAACAUUCUCAACAAGUUUGAGAGUCGACACGGAGACUUGUGAGGAGGAGGAGGAAGAGGAGGGAGGCGGUGGAGGAGGAGGAGGAGAGAGGGGUAUAAGGCAACAUUGGCAGCCCUUUUAUUUGAGGGGGUGCGCGUACGGCCUACGUAGACUUGGCGUAAGCAUAGUAUGACACCUUGAGUAAGCGUCCAUGUUGCGAGUAGCCUGCAGUGUUGCAGUGAGUGCAGCCUCCAUUUAGUGAUUCUGUGCUAUGCUGGUUUCACGUCCCGUGUCUCUUUGACGGGUAUUGUCACUUGGGCGUCGCGACGUCAUUCAGUGUUUUAUAUCAGGUGCAUUGCAGUGUUUUUCCGGGUAAUGCGCAGGGCCCAUACGUGCACCCGUUCAAAUGAGGUGUUCAAAUCAUACAGAUCACAAGACAACUAAUGUUUUUAAGCUAUAGACAAGGAGACAAGCCAGGGGAAGACGGGUGUGUACUUUAUUUCUAUGACAAAACAUGUAUAUUUUUGAACUGUACUGGGCAGGGAGGGAGACGUGGGCAAACGAGAAAACAGAGGAUGAGCUACAGUAUAACUAGAAGAGGAAGAUUAGGAGAGGUGGUUCAGGACAGAAGAAAGCAAAGAGAUUUCAACAUAACUGUAUAUUUUUAUAUUUGCAAAGAUGGACAGUUCAGAGGGGAUUUUGGAAGUAAUAUUUUGUAUAUUUUAUAUAUGGGUGAGUUUAGUAUAGAGAUGGGGGCUAUUGGUAAAUGGAUUGGUAAAUGAUAUAUUUUGAACUCGUUAAGAUAGAGGGGUCAGAGGUCGUAAUUGAGAAUGUAUAAUGGUUGUAUCCAGGGAUAACAUGACGGCAAGAGAGGAGAAUUAUCUUAGUAAAUGUUUGUGGACAUAGACAGAUCGAAGACAUUGUAUAGUUUUAAUUUUGUUCUGUUAGGUUCGUUGAAGCACUUAAAAGGGAAUUCUCAAAAAUGUUCACUUCAUGUUCAUCAUCGCCAGUACCAUUAACAUGUGGAAAUGGGGCAUUUAUGUUUUGUAGUAAAAAAAGACAAGUGUUUCCAAUGAGUUCAUCAAUCAAUUAGUAGGCAAUGCCUACUCGUAAUUGGUUAAAAUCACAUGAUGCACACCGAUGAUGUCAUUGGAAAUACUUUUCACAUAUGUUGAUGUUGGGGUGGUUCUGGAGAUGAUGAAAAUUGAAAAAAUGACAAGUUUACUUUUUAAAGGGCAAUUCUUCCUCUUUUCAACCGCAUUAUCGUCAUCUCCACCAUCAAACCAGUGUUUACAUAUGUGAGAACAUCACGUUCCUAUUGUCUGUGCUUAAAAAGAUACGAAGUAAGGUCCCCCCAAAAAUUGCUUCUCUUAUGACAUCACCUGCAACAAGUUUUUAGCCCAAGGGAGGGUAUUUUCUAGCUCCCCGCGUGCCCGCAAAUCUCAGUGUUUGAAAAUCACAGUUUUUAAAAUGUUGAAACUUUUGAUGUCAUUGGGGAGAACUUUUUAACUAGAUUUUUUUCUACAAAACCUAGAAAUGCACCUUUUUCACAUACACUACACAGCCAAAUAUUUCAGCCAAACCCGUUGCUGACUGGUUUAUAAAAUCUUGCAUACAGCCAUGCAAUCUCCAUAGGAAAACAUUGGCAGUAAAAUGGCCCGUACUGAAGAGCUCAGUGACUUUAAACAUGGCACCGUCAUAGGAUGCCACCUUUCCAACAAGUCAGUUAAACACAUUUCUGCCCUGCUAGAGCUCCCCCGGUCAACUGCAACGGCUGUUAUUGUGAAGUGGAAACAUCUAGGAGCAACAACGGCUCAGCCGCGAAGUGGUAGGCCACACUAGCUCACAGAACUGGACCACCGAGUGCUGUCCUCGGUUGCAAUACUCACUCCCGAGUUCCAAACUGCCUCUGGAAGCAAUGUCAGCACAAUAACUGUUAUUCGGGAGCUUCAUGAAAUGGGGGUUUCCAUGGCCAAGCAGCCUCACACAAGCCUAAGAUCACCAUGCGCAAUGCCAAGCGUCAGCUGGAGUGGUGUAAAGCUCACCACAAUUGGACUCUGGAGCAAUGGAAACGCGUUCUCUGGAUUGAUGAAUCAUGCAUCACCAUUAGUCCGUUGGACGAAUCUGGGUUUGGUGGAUGCCAGGAGAAAGCUAACUGCCCCAAUGCAUAGUGCCAACUGUAAAGUUUGGUGGUGGAGAAGGAAUAAUGGUUUGGGGUUGUUUUUCAUGGUUCGGGGCUAGGUCCCUUACUUCCAGUGAAGGGAAACUUAACGCUAUAGCAUACAAUGACAUUCUAGACGAUUCUGUGCUUCCGACUUUGUGGCAACAGUUUGGGGAAGGCCCUUUCCUGUUUCAGCAUGACAAUGCCCCCAUGCACAAAGUGCUCCAUACAGAAAUGUUUUGUCUAGAUCGGUGUGGAAGAACGUGACUGGCCUGCACAGAGCCCUGACCUCAACCCCAUUGAACACCUUUGGGAUGAAUUGGAACGCCGACUGUGAGCCAGGCCUAAUCGCCCCAACAUCAGUGCCUGACCUCACUAAUGCUCUGGUGACUGAAUAGAAGCAACAUCUAGUGGACAGCCUUCCCAGAAGAGUGGAGGCUGUUAUCGCAGCAAAGGUGGGACCGACUCCAUAUUAAUGGCCAUGAUUUUGGAAUGAGAUGUUCGACGAGCAGGUGUCCACAUACCCUUGGCCAUGUUAUCUAUGUUGACACUGGUAUUGUGUUGGAGAUAACGAAAGUGAAUUUGAAAAGUGGUGGAGUUGCCCUUUAAUUUGUUAUCUUCUCUUUGAUUCCUUUCUGGAAUUAAAUCGUUUUAAUUGUGUGUCUGGCACUGAGAGAGAGAGAGAGAGAGAGAGAGAGAGAGUGAGAGUGAGAGAGAGAGAGAGAGAGAGAGAAUAAAUGGAAAUGCUACAGUCAGUGAUCAAUCGCGAGGACAGCUGCAGCCACAUAGAUAUUUGUGAAUAAAUAUUGCUCAAAUGUGUUGCCAGGUAUUCAUGUCGAUGGGUGAAUAUGUUCGGCACAGACGCACACCGCAAACAGACAUGUCAAGCCACACAGUCAAAUAAGCUGGACCAGUGACUACAUAUGCAUUUUUACAUGAAAUGACAUGCAUGAACGUACUCACACACACGCUCUCAAAUGAUCUCGCACACACUUAUUUGGCCCUGAUAUAGCAAGCUGGACCUUGAAACGCAGGGCCAUGUAUGAUAGCACACAACACUUCAUCACUUUCUACAGCAUCUCUCUCUCUCUCUCUCUCUCUCUCUCUAUCUCUCUAUAUCCAAUUUUGAAUUGUGAAGCCGAUUUAAACUGGUUUGGAAUCGAUGGCCCGGGUUAAGUUGGCAGGGUUUAGCAUGAACCUGAGCAUGCCGACCGUUAACACACUACACGUUUGAUUACAAUUCUUCUUAUUAUUAGUGCGGACUCUAUAUGGUGCUCAUCCUGAUCCUCCAUCUGAACACACACACACCUCAACAUAGUAACUGAACUACCUAUACCUUUUAUUUUCUUGGUUUGUUCUUUAUUUUGCGUAUCGUGUUGUAAGAGGAAAUCGUAUGUGUAGAUUGACACACAGAGGAGUAUGUCUACACCUUUCCUGAACAACUUUACCCAGUGAAACAAUACACCCUAAUGUACCAUACACAUGUACAAUUAAAUACGAAAAACUGAUCUCUCACUAGAUAUGUGUGUGUAUAUGAUAUAUGCUUGAACAUGUGACUAUAGAUGUAAUAAUAUACAUGGCUUGAAUAUAUAAAUGUAGUAUAAAAUGAUUGGAAUCAUUGUCAAUUUCUCAGGUGUUCUGGGGGAUAAAAAAAACAAACUCUUACGCUAAAUCUUGAUUACUGAAGUUGUUCUUUCUUUUUACGGUUUGACCAGGAUACAUUUCGGAGCUGGCCCACUUUAGCAGUACAUUUCGGUAAAAUUAGAUGGAAUUGUACUGCGUACUACCAACUCACCUUGGUAGUGAGGUUGUAAUUAUACCAGUUCUGGAUUUUAAGGUCUUUGUUGAUUUCAGACAUAGAAUUCAAUGUUCUUUUUUAUUCUUCUCUUUAUUACAGUUAUUAUUGCUAGUAUUAUCGUCGUUGUUGUCGUUGUUAUUAUCACUACUCUUGUUUCUUUUCCUUGCUACAACUUUUUAAGUGGGAAUGCAGUUCUCAUUUUUAUCUCCCUUGUAUUUUUCAAGACCCAUCUUUACUCUACUUUAUUUUCCAUGAGCCUGUUCACUAUCGGCACCAUCCACUGAGACUAUCUCCAGGUGCACUGUGGGGGUUGUAGUCUUGUCCGUGUGUGUUGUAAUGUAACAAAAGCGGAAACAACCACAAACUAUGGACUUGAAGGAAGAAGAAAAAAAAACCUGGAAGAAUUUGAACUACAUCUCCCAGCACAGGCUUCUAACACCACCCAUCUUUUGAUGGACGAAGAAGCAACUUUUUGAUACCUGGGACUUGUUUGCAGAAGCUUAUAAACUUUUAACAGCGGUAUUUUUCUACAUGUCUGUAUACUGUAUGAUUACUACAACUUUUUGUGGGCAUUUGUAGCCCAUCCUCACAAUGAUGGUAUGCUACUAAACGGCAUUGCGGGUAAUGUACACAGCCUAUUUCCCCUUCCCCAUGUGGAUUAUAAACUACUACCUGUUGUGACUGUUAUAAAUAAACUACAAAUCCCAUGAGCACACCACUACCCUAAUGCACCAGUAAUGUCUACUGAUCCUGCCUAUAUGGAUGCUGGGGGAUGUGGUCUGGCUUUUCCGAAAUCACCAAUAAAGAUUCAUCCUUACUCACUGAGAAA